GAACGUAGCUGUAUUCAUUGCUUAUCGCACCGUCAUUGUUACAGCAGGGCGAAUUUACAAUUUAUAUAAUAUCUAAAAUAUAUAAUUGUGAUGUUAUUUGUGUUAUUUAUAUGUUGUCGUGAUAUGAAACUGUUUUAAUACUUGACAUUACCAUUGGAUAGCGGCUUGCGCGUGACUGACUCUCAUAGCGCUUCAUAUUAAAAACGAUCUAUCAUGAGUUUGUUUAGCCUCGAACGGUUCCGUUUCCAAAAGGACAAAGCUGCUGAUGGUCGCAGUAAGUCGUCGGACAGAUCAAGCUCGGAUAAAGAGAAUCACAGAGGCAAGUUACAGAGACAUGGACUGGAGGAUGGUUCUUCUGAUGACAAAGCUGUCAGGAUGGGCAAGGAUUCUCUAUCAAAGGACAUGGAGGACAAAGUGUCCAAACUUAUGGAAAUGUUCCCUCAGAAGAGCAAGAAAGAUCUGCUGGCGGUGGUUGAGAGUACCAGCACACUGGAGGGAGCUGUAGCCCAUUGUUUGUUAGUGUAUGGUGAGAAAGAUUCAGGCAGACAGAAAGGCAAAACCAGACAUAAUGAAGAUGAUGAAAACGCUCAGCCGAUGAAGAGAAGAAAAAUCACGCGGUCAGAUACUGAGGAUGAAGAAGACUCUGAAGAAGAGGAAAACCAGGAGCCGAGCAGAGAGAAGCAGGAAGCUCUCCUGAGGAAGCUCAAGAAAAAAAUACCUGAUUUUGAAAAGGAUGUCCUGAGAGACGUCCUUCGAGAGCAUGACUGGGACUAUGAGAAUGCCCUGGGAUCAUUGCUAAUGUUUUCCUCAACAGAUUCCAGUUCACCAGAGGAUCAAAGAAAACCAAAGGCCAAAUCGUCUCACUCCGAAGUAAAAAAUGCCAAGAGCUUGCAGAAGCCAGAAAGUUCGUCUAGUCUUUCAAAAUGGUUGACAGCGGCCCCAUCACCAGUGCGAAACGUCUCCACUCCAUCUACCCCCAAAACGCACAAAGUGGCGAGUAGCAACAACACGAUCAAAAACGACUCCUUUAAACGGAAAAAAGACAAUGAUUUGCGAGUAGACAACAUAAGUGCCUCUGAGGGUGAGGAGGAGGAGGAGGAGCUGGAUAGCGAGGUUGAUAGCAUCUCUGAUGACCUGGAGUCUGAUGAUGAUGAGGAUGACAUCGCUCCUCAUCUCCAAGACCAGAUCAUUCAGUUCCUUCAAGAGGCUUCUCUAGAUGAGCUUGUUCUGAUAUCUCUUUGCUCAGUCAAAAAAGCUCAAAGGAUCAUUUCCUUGAGGCCUUUUAACUCUUGGAAGGAUGUGAAAGAGCAGUUUUUUAAGGAUAAUGGCCUGUCUAUAGACCUGGUACAUGGCUGCAAGGUGGUACUGAAAGAGAGGCAGGUGGUCAGAGACCUCAUGGGCAGAUGUGAGAAGAUCGCACAGAAAAUGACUAAAGAUGUCACACAGGUCAUAGAAGCAGGCAUGGGCUCCAUGAAGCAACCCAAAGUCCUAAACAGCAAAUUUCAUUUGCAGCCAUAUCAGCUGAUUGGCUUGAAGUGGUUGAUUCUGCUCCACCAGCACAAGCUCAGUGGGAUUCUGGCAGAUGAAAUGGGGCUUGGUAAGACUAUUCAGGCCAUCGCUUUCCUGGCUCAUCUGUAUGAAAAAGGCAUCAAAGGGCCUCAUCUUAUAACUGUGCCUUCAUCCACUUUAGAUAAUUGGGUUCGUGAGCUUGGUCUUUGGUGCCCCAGUCUGAAAGUUCUUGUUUACUAUGGGUCAGUGGAAGACCGCAGAUACUUGCGGCAAGAGAUCCUCAGCGAUCUAAUUGAUUUCAACAUCAUAGUGUCCACAUACAAUCUCACAAUAGGAAACGACCAUGACCGCAGUCUCUUCCGCAAGCUGAAGCUCAAAUAUGCGAUUUUUGACGAGGGCCACAUGCUGAAAAACAUGAAAUCGUUGCGAUACCGCCACCUCAUGACCAUCAAUGCUGAGCACCGAUUACUGCUAACUGGAACACCUUUGCAGAACAACCUGUUAGAGCUCAUGUCCCUGUUGAACUUCAUCAUGCCUUCCAUGUUCUCCAGCAGCAAUUCACAGAUCUCCAAGAUGUUCUCCACGAGAUCAUCAGAAGACGAGAGCACCUUUCACAAGGAGAGAAUCGCACAGGCUAAACUUAUCAUGAAGCCAUUUAUCCUGAGACGAGUCAAGCGUGAUGUAUUGAAAGAGCUUCCACCAAAAGUGGAGAAGAUUGAAAUGUGUCCCAUGAGUGAGGCCCAGCAGAAGCUAUAUGAGAAGCUUUUUAAGAAGCUCAAAAGGGCUCCAGGUGGAGAGAAGCAAGAACUUUGCAAUGUGAUGAUGCAGCUGAGAAAGAUGGCCAAUCAUCCGUUAUUACACCGUCAGUAUUACACUAGUGAAAAAUUGGCUGUCAUGAGUCAAGCCAUGCUUAAGGAACCAACGCACUUUGAUGCCGAUCCUGCACUUAUCCAGGAGGAUAUGGAGGUGAUGUCUGACUUUGAACUGCAUAAUUUAUGCAAGGAAUACACCUCCAUCAGCACUUUUCAGCUGGAGAAAAAGCUCAUUUUAGACUCUGGGAAGUUUGCGCUGCUAACAAAGCUACUUGCCAAGCUCAAAGAAAAGGGUGACAGGGUUGUGCUGUUCAGUCAGUUCACCAUGGUACUAGACAUUGUGGAGAUCCUGCUAAAACAUCUUGAUCAUCAGUUUGUUCGGCUGGAUGGCUCUACUCCCAUGGCAGAGAGGAUUGGCCUUAUCGACAAAUAUAACACAAACCCAGAGAUCUUUGUGUUCCUUUUGUCAACCCGUGCCGGAGGCCAGGGAAUCAACCUUGCCUCUGCUAACACCGUGAUCCUGCACGACAUUGACUGUAAUCCAUUUAAUGACAAGCAAGCAGAAGACCGCUGUCAUCGAAUGGGGCAGACCAGAACAGUGCAGGUGAUCAAGCUCAUCAGCAAGGACUCGAUUGAGGCCUGCAUGCUACGUGUGGGACAGGAGAAACUGAAACUGGAGCAGGACAUGACCACUGAUGAGGGGGAAGAUGGAGCUAUGACCGAACAAAUGGCUGAGCUGCUCAAAGUCUCACUGGGUUUAUAAAGAACGCAAAUCAAUAUUGUCUGGGCAUUGCCAUUCACUCAUGGCAACGUGGAAACAAAGCAACUUGAUACCCUUAAGUCCUAAAAUCACUUUUUGACAUGGGAGCUGUUAAUGAGGGUUAGAUAAGGACUAGCACUUUCUCUAGCAGUGUCCAAAUAUUACAGGGCCAGUUUUAAAUAACGCACAAACCUUGGAAAAAUGUUAUGGCCAUACUUGAGAAAAGUGAUCUUGCUCAGAGAUCACCUGAAAUAUUACUUGUAAUAUCAUUCUGGAGGAGAUCCAUUUUGCAUUUGUGCCGUCUGUAAAAUGUAAAACUUUAUCAGGUCAGAUUAGCCCAGAUUGCACACACAGGGCUUAAUAUGUCUGUUGAGCUUUUAUACGUGUACUGUAGGAAUUUAACAACGUGUUAUUGUAAUAUUUUUUUAUAAAUAAAGAUAAUA